CAGGAGAAGAUCUGUCUCCCUCUGAAAGAAGUGACAACAAAAGAGGACGUCAUAUUUUAAACUUCACAAGCUUUGUCAUCUCAGACAUCCGACCUGCAGAAACUCCUUCAAGAUGCUGUUCUCCAGGAGAGACCUACAGCAGUGGUGUUUUGCUCUCUUCUUACUCUGCUCCCCAGUGCCACAUUACGGGCGACCCAUUGAUGCACUGAGCAACAGAAUAAAACGCUCUGUGACACAUGCCCAGCUGAUGCACGACAAAGGACGCGCGCUGCAAGACUUUAAAAGACGACUGUGGCUACAGGAACUUCUGGACGUGGUCCACACGGCCGAGAUCCGUGACUUACCCAUUCGGACAACCAGCAGUGGGGGCAGUACUAGCGGCGCUGGCGGGGCUCUGCCUGGAGCAAGUCUGGACAUGAACCUGAGCACCACAGGCAGCACGCUGCACUCCAAACCCCCCGGAGGAACCAAGAACCUGCCCAUCAGCUUCAGGCUGGAGGAGGAGGAGGGCACCAACCUGCCACAAGAGACCAACAAGUCACAAACAUACAAAGAUGGAGGUCUCAAGGUCAAAAAGAAGAAGAAAGGCAGAUCUGGGAAAAGGCGGGAAGGGGAGAAAAGAAAGAGGCGAGCGCGCUCACUCGGUUUGGAUUUGCGUGAGGACCAGGGCAGCGGACUCCACGUAGAGUGGAGGUCUCUGCUAGGCCUGCAGAGGGCGCUGCAUUAAAACGCUGUCAGACUCUGACGAAGGUGAAUAUUAUCAUAGACUAUAGACUUUUGUGAUGCUGUAUUAUAAAAGGUAACCCCUGCUACCAUUUGUAUUAUAUUUUGUGUGUGUACCUGUUUCAGAAAACAGCAGGUAAUCGGUGGGGCAGACUCCUGAACUCAUCUUACAGUCAUCUGUAAUAGUGAUUGUUUGGAAGAAAUAGGAAAAUAUUUAUUAUUUGUAAAUAUUUGAGAAAAUAGCCGAAUGGAUAACGGAAAAUAAUCCAAAGUUACAUUAUCUGUGGGGCAGCAGAUUUUAACCUCUGUGAAACCCCACUUUUUCUUUUUUUUUUUAAUUCCAUGUCAGAUUUUUUACAAUAAUUUAUUUUGUCUGAAUGGUGUAUUUAUUUUGUAAAUGUAUCGAGGUGCUGCUGACCUUCUAUAUUUUUGUACCAUAAUGCACUUUAGAUAUAAUAUAAAUAUAUAUACCAUUAAUUUGUUUAAAUGAAGAAAUGAUGAUGGCUUAGUCUGUGUUGUUGUCAUUUGUCUCCACACUUUUAUCUGUUUUUUGUUUCUUUGCUGCUGUGUUUCCUGGAUGUGUCCUUAAUUCUUUAUGUUUGUAUGUUACCUCUGGUGUCUCUACAAUCAGCUGUAGCCUACUUUCAAAGCCAAAGUUCACAUGUGUACAUAAUGUGUUAUUGAUGGUUCAAAAUAGUUGUUUUUGCCACUUGCACUG